AUGAAUGCAGUAAAGAGUGAUGCUCAUGCAGUUGAAGAACCAAUAGACGGAGACGACACUGCCUUGAAUGGAAUUCGUCUGCACUGUGUCAACACCCCCACAGGCAUAGAAUGGAAUUCAGACUUCGCCACAGUGAAGUCUGAAACAGGAAGCUGGGGUUCGUGGCAAGGACCGAAAUACUGUCCAUCUGGGAUGCUGAUGGCUUUUCAGCUCCGUGUUGAAGGUCCCCAAGAAGAUGGUGACGAUACAGCUGCAAACAACAUAAGGUUCCAAUGCAGCGGAGUUGACGUAGAUUUUCUUGGUUGGGGCACGUCCUGGGGCGAAUGGGGCAACUGGAGUAAGUAUUGCACAGGAAAGGGGAUCUGCGGCAUCCAGACAAAAGUAGAGGCACCACAAGGGUCAGGAGACGACACCGCUCUCAACGACGUUAAGUUCUUCUGCUGCGAUUGAGGUGCCGCCCGUCAUUUGAUCCAAAACGAUGUGUACCAAGAUGAAAACAUGAUGGACCAUCUCUCCGCCUCUCUUUCUCCAAAUGUACAGUGCUGUCCAAAAUUAUUCUGAAUAAAUAUGAGAAAAAUACAUACUAAAAAU